UAAUAAAUCCAUAACAAACACCAUCAUUUCUCAUUCCUUUUAAUUGGUUAAAAUUAAGGGGAAGAAAAAAUGGUGGUGGCUCCAAAAUCUCUUUUUUCAAUCCCAAUUCUCUUAUUAUUUUCUACAUUCUCCUUAGCAUCAUCUCGAGCAUCAUUUAAUGUGUUAGACUAUGGAGCCAAAAUGGGAGGCAAAAUCGAUUCAUCAAAGGCCUUUCUUGAUACAUGGCAAGCUGCAUGUGCCUCGACAACUUCGUCAGUGGUGUACGUACCAAAAGGAACAUUCUUGCUGGGUAGUAAAACGACGUUUGCAGGGGCAUUUUGCAAGAACAACGUCGCGAUGCAAAUCGAUGGCACACUCGUCGCGCCGUCCGAUUACAGAGUUAUCGGCGACGACGGCCAUUGGAUCGUCUUCUGGCAAACUAAUGGGAUGGUUCUUAGGGGUGGAAUUCUUGAUGGUCGAGGUGCUAACCUUUGGAACUGUAAAAAGGCAGGAAAACAAUGCCCAAUAGGUGUAACGAAUUUGGCGUUUUCCAACUCAAACAACGUUCAAAUUCGCGGCGUAACAUCGAUAAACAGCCAGAUGUUCCACGUUGUUAUUCACGAAUGCACAAACGUGAAUAUAAAAGGCUUUCGCAUUUCAGCUCCAGGUGACAGUCGUAAUACCGAUGGCAUUCAUCUUUCACGGUCUUCCAAUGUCAUUGUGACAGGAUCCACCAUUUCCACCGGUGAUGACUGUAUUUCAAUUAGUCCCGGCUCCAGUAACGUGCUGGUUGAGAAUAUCUUUUGUGGCCCUGGCCAUGGAAUAAGCAUUGGAAGCAUAGGUGCCCAACACAAUGAAGGAGGAGUACAAAAUGUGACAGUGAGACAUUGUACCAUACAAAACACACAAAAUGGAGUAAGAAUAAAAACUUGGGCUAAGCCAUCCAGUGCAUACGUGAAAAAAGUGAUUUUCCAGAAUGUAACCAUGGUUAAUGCCGGAAACCCAAUCAUCAUCGACCAAAACUAUCGUUCCAAUGGACAGACAUCUGGGGUUCAAAUCAGUGGAGUAACAUUUCAACAUAUUAGAGGAACAUCAUCAACAAAAGAUGGAAUCUCAAUUAAUUGCAGUCGUUCCAAGCCAUGCAAGGGAAUCACAUUGCAUAAUAUUAACCUUUCUUUCGGUGGUCAACCUGGUGGAACAUCAUGCUCCAAUGUUUUUGGAAGAAACGUAGGCACUGUUGUACCUGCCGGCUGUAUCAAAAAAUCUACCUGGAAAUAGUGUUAGUGAAAUUCUCCAGAAAUCUAGAAUAAAUUAAUAAACUCGUAGAGUUUAUUGAGGAAUUAGAUUUUAUUUUUUUUUUUUUGAAAACGAGGAAUUAGAAUAUUGAUUUAGUUAUAGGGUUCACCAUUUGUUUGAAAGAGACCCAAAUGCUUUUGAGCC